UGCAGCAGUUCAUGCCCGUAGCCCGAGUCGUCGUAGUACUGACACGCUGACAGCUGACUUUGUGACUUUGUGCCGUGGUAACCUCUGAAUGGAAAUCGCAUCUGUCGGGCACGACGCGCGCCGUAAUUCGCACAUCAGCUGAAAUCAGAGGUCUGUAAACGUUGGCGGUUCUUCGUAUGCAUACCCCGUCGCUUUGUCGUCACCUUCGAAUCAAAGUGUCAGCGUUAUCCAUUCACUGACCGAAUUCACAACGAUAGCUGGGACGAGGUCUCGACCCCAGCAGGGACAUGGCGAGCCCGAGAACACGACGAAUACUUGGUGAAUUAAAACCCCGUGAUGAAAAUAGCAAAUGCUUCGAGUGUGGAGCCCACAAUCCUCAAUGGGUUUCUGUUACUUAUGGAAUAUGGAUCUGCCUCGAGUGUUCUGGCAAGCACCGAGGUCUUGGCGUGCACUUAUCCUUUGUUCGAUCCGUUUCUAUGGACAAAUGGAAAGACUCGGAACUUGAGAAAAUGAAAGUUGGUGGAAACAGAAAGGCUCGAGAAUUCUUCGAGGCUCAACCUGACUGGGAUGAUUCCAUGUCUAUACAGCAACGAUAUAACACUAAUGCCGCAGCUCUUUACAGAGACAAGAUAGCGACAUUGGCACGUGGGGAAACGUGGAGCCCAAGUUCUUCCGGUGUCAAGAGUUCGAGGAGUUCGUCGUAUCAAGACAAUAAUAGUAGAUACGAACAAAACUCAUAUCAGAGUGAAGAAUCCAGUUCGUAUCAGAACUUUAACUCAGCUAGCUUUAAAACUCAAACUGAAUCGUUCUUUGCCAGGAAACAGGAUGAAAAUGCAUCUAGACCCGAAAACUUACCGCCAAAUCAAGGAGGAAAGUAUGGAGGCUUUGGUUACCAAAUGGAUGCCCCACCUCGGAGUUCUUCCCAAGAAUUUUUUGACACUGCUGUCUCUUCCCUUGCCAGCGGCUGGUCAAUAAUGUCAUCUUCAGCAGCGAAGAUCGCGAGCAAGGCGACAGAAAACGCAAUUAAGAUUGGUGGAAUGGCUUCUCAAAAGGUUCGCGACGGUACAAUUUUGGAGGAUGUCGGAGCACAGGUUAACAGUCUUGCCGCAAAGGUCAGUGAUAUAGGGCGUCGAGGAUGGGGAGAUAUCAGUGGAACAAAUUCAUCCGAACAGCAUCAACAGUUUGAUUCAAAUGAUCAUUACCAGACUUCAAAUACUCAACAAAACAGUUAUUCCAGCAGCUCACAUUCAACUGAAAAAUCAUCGUUAGUAGCUGGAAAUACGAUGAACAGUUCGUCAGGAACUAAGCUUUCUAGUCGGGACUGGGAUUCCUGGGGAAGUAGCACUAAUCCAAAAUUAUCAAAUGAAUCAAUCGGGGAUGAUCGGUCAAAGCCAGUGCCUCGGACAUCAAAAAAAGGAAACAGCAAAAAGAAGUCUUUGAUUGAUUUUGAAGAAGACAAUAAUAAGCCCGCAGAUUUGACUUCGAAACUAGAAGAAGAUGCUUGGAAUAUACUGAAAGAUUAAUCAUAACAUUGUUUAGGUGUCAACUUACUUUUCUUUUGCUGAAAUGAAGAAGGCUCAACAAUCAAGUUUCACUGUAGGAAAUAUAGGAAAAACACAGUAGAUACAGUUCAAUAGCUGUAUGAAAAUAUAAAUACGUGCAGCAAGCAGUUGUUCUUCCGUGAUGUUGCUAUCAGACUUUUAAAUGUUUCACAAAAAGUUUCAAGCUAGUUGGGAUUCAUGGUUCAUUGAUGUUGAGCGAUGUAUGUGAAAGUAUAAUCGAUAGGCUAUGAAAAAAUUUACAUUCCCAUCCAUUUGAACCAUCACUUGACUUUCAAUACCGAACAUUACCAGUCUUCUUAAUUUACCUGAAUACCGAAUACUAUACCGCACCUUUGAGUCUCUGUUGUAUGAUCAUCUUUAUUUUAUCGUAACAGAAUAUUUUGCACAUUACUGAGGCAUAUUGUUGAAAACUGUAGUGCCUUAUAAGAGGAAAUUUCCGUAUGACGUAAUUUUAUUCUGUAUUUAACUAAUCCUUUGAAAAGCAAAAGGAAGUUAAAUUCGAUCAAAGUGCAACGUUAUCAGUAAAUGAUCCUGACACAACACAGUUUUUCAAAUUUAUGUCCUUCCAUAGUGUACAUAACUCUUUCAACCAUCGAUCACAAACCAUGAAUAGUAAUAAAAUUGUUAUCAAUUUCCCAACAAAAGUUUUAAAAACUGUUGGGUAUUUUAUUGUUUUGAAAUUAGAAAUUUUUUGCGUGUAUUAUACAUAUAUAUUGUAAAGAUACAAACAUGUACACUAUUUUUAUUCAAUCAUUGUUAUAAAUAAUUCGUGUAACGAAACAAAAAUUUUUAAAUAAUAUUUUAUCUAUAUUACACGUAUUGUAUGUAUUACUUAGUUAUUAAAUUAACGCAAUUGUUUAUCACACAUGAAAUAAAAAAUAUUUAAGUUGAUUGGAUCAGUAUUUGAUCUAUGAAAAAGGAUUAUCGUCUAAUUCGGCUGAUUAUCAAUUGGUGAAACUGCAUCAACUGAGCUUAAUCCUCGAGAGGUACACUAUCACAGCUUUCCGAUUCAAAAGCACAUGGGUAUGUCAUACCCGUGUGGCUAAUUAUUUAUAUCUUACGAUUAAAUUAAUCGAUUUAUACAGGUUUUUUCUUCAAUCAAAAGCUCAAA